UUCAUGUGUGCGUGUAGUUGUUUUGUGAAGUGAUUCUAUUGUUUUUUCUUAACAAUAAUUUUCAAACUCUUAUCAUGGGUACAUCAGAUUUAGAAUGUAUAGAGUCUAAGAGAGACAUGGUUACUAUAGAUUCUGAAUCCGACAUGUUGGUUGACCAACGAAAGAAAAAGAAAAGGAAACAUAAACACCAUAAACAUAAGAAAGAUAAAUUAAUUGAACGAGAAGAUGGGAGAAUAGAACGGCAAGAACGGAAAAGGCAUAAGAAACAUAAACGACCUAAAAAAGAAAGAGAAGUUGAAAAUGGAUCAUUGGAUGAUAAAACAUCACGUGCAAUUCAAAAAGAUUUAGGUGUAAAUGGCAAAGUAAAAAAUUCUUUAUUGGAAGUGGUUUCUACUGAAGAGAGUGAGGAUGAAAAACUAGUAGAUUUAGAUUCAGAUGAAGUUGAUUGUACUAUUAUUGAAGAUGAUAUCGACCUUGAAGAAUUAAUGAAACAAAAGGAGCGGUUACAAGCGUGUUUAGUACAAUAUCUUUCGGAUGAAUCUGAAAAAGAGGAAAAAGAACCAGAUCAAGAUGAAAUAAAAGCUGCUGAAACACCUGAUGUUAUACUUGUAGAGGAUGAUAGUGAAAAUGACAAUAUACCCCCUAAGAAACGAGCUAGAAGUAAGUCUGGUAGUAGAGAACGCAAAAAAAUAAUGAAACCUGAAAGACGUGUAGUGGUAGACAUGACUAGAGACCGUAGGAGUCGAGAGGAGCAUAAAGAUAAACGAAGAGAAUCAGAAAGAAGGCGGGAAGAAAAAGUUCGUACUAAAGAGGAAGUAAGAAGAGAUGAUAGUAGAAAAGACGAUCGUCAAGUGCGGAAAACAAGUGAUAGACACAGAGAGGAUUCGCGUAAGGAAGAUAAUAAAAGACGGAUAGAAGAUGAUAAGCGUAAAGAUUCUAUUAAAAGAGAUGAAUUACGUAAAAGAGAACAAGAUAGAAGAGAAGAAGAACGAAGACGAGAUACAGACCAUCAUAAUUCUAGAUCUCGCAAUGAAUAUAAAUCAUUGGAUAAAAACGAUAAAUCUAAACGCGAAAGUCGUGAUAGAUUAGAAAGCCGAGAACGACAAAACAGUCGUGAUCGACAUGUGAGUCAUGACAGACAUAUUAGUCGCGAUCGUCAUAUCAGUCGUGAUCGACAUGUUAGUAGGGAUCGACACAUUAGUCGAGACCGACAUAUUAGUCGAGACAGACACGGUAGUCGAGAUCGUCAUACCAGUAAAGAUCGACCGGCUAGUCGCGAUCGUCGUAGUCGAGACAGACCUACGAGCAGAGACCGUCAUAGUCGUGAUAAAAGAGACAGUAGGGAGCGUCAUACUAGUCGAGAUCGGCCUAGAGAUGCUAGAGGUAGUCGCGAUCGGAAUGAUAUGCGAGAUCGACGAGACAGUCGAAACCGUGAUAGAAUCAGAGAGCGUUCAAGAAGUACAAGAAGAUCUCGUAGCCCUAUUAGAAGUAGAUUGGAUAGAGAUCGAAAUGACCGAUAUAAACGCUCUAGGUCACUCUCACGAGGUAGAAGAGAUCGGGAUAAACAUGACAGGGAUAGAGAGAAAAAUGGUAAAAGAGAACGUAAUGAUAAAUAUAAAGAUUCUUUAUCAGAAGGGCUGAAAGUAGAACACUCAGAAACUUCAAGUGAAGAAGAUAUCAAAGACAUUGAUAUUGAAGAAGAAGAAGAUGAAGAAGCUAUUAUUGAACGUAGAAGGAAACAAAGAGAAGAACUUUUAAAGAGGCUGGGUGGCCCAAAUGAAGAUUCAAAUAUGUCGGCUGAUAUUAAUGCCGUUCCUGCAAGUCCACCUUCUGAAAGUCACUCAAAUGUGUCACAAAAGUCAAUAGAAGUUCCAUCUAAUAAUAACGAAUCCACAUCAGAGAGUCAUACCCCACCACUGCCUGAAAAACCAAAGUCGCCACAAGUUAAAAAGAGAAAAUCUAGGUUUGAAGAUGCCCCACCAGAAGAGAUUGAUAAAAAUGAAGAUGCGAAACCAAUGGAAAAAAUUAAACAAGAAGAAAAACAAAAUGCGAAAAAGUCUAAUGAAUGGGACAUGUUUGCUGAGGCAGACAAUAUUGGUGAUUUUAAUAGUCCCACAGUCGAAGGAAAACGACAAGGUGGGCCAGAUAAUCCAAGUUUAACAGAUAAUUGGGAUGAUGCAGAAGGAUAUUAUCGGGUACGUGUGGGUGAAACAUUAGAUUCUCGAUAUGUUGUUUAUGGAUAUACUGGUCAGGGUGUAUUCAGUAAUGUUGUAAGAGCUAGAGAUACUGCUAGGGGCAAUUUAGAUGUUGCUGUGAAAAUUAUAAGGAACAAUGAAAUAAUGCACAAAACUGGCCUUAAAGAAUUAGAAAUUCUUAGAAAACUUAAUGAUGCAGAUCCAGAAGACAGAUUUCAUUGUUUGCGACUUUUUAGGCACUUCUUUCAUAAAAAUCACCUAUGUAUGGUGUUUGAACCUUUGGCUAUGAAUUUAAGAGAGGUAUUAAAAAAAUAUGGAAAAGACGUUGGUUUACAUGUUAAAGCGGUAAGGUCGUAUACGCAACAACUUUUCCUUGCUCUCAAGUUAUUAAAACGUGCAAAUAUUCUACAUGCUGACAUUAAACCGGAUAACAUUCUAGUCAGUGAAAGCAAGUUAGUACUGAAACUCUGUGAUUUCGGCUCAGCGUCCCAUGCUCAUGAAAAUGAGAUAACACCGUAUUUGGUAUCAAGAUUUUACCGAGCACCUGAAAUUAUUCUUGGUAUACCAUAUGAUUUCGGCAUUGACAUGUGGUCUGUGGGAUGCACCAUAUACGAAUUAUACACGGGAAAAAUAAUGUUCUCGGGCAAAACGAACAACCAAAUGUUGAAAUUCUUCAUGGACUUAAAAGGCAAAAUGCCUAAUAAGCUGAUUAGGAAAGGCACAUUCAAGGACCUACAUUUUGACUCUAACUGCAAUUUCCUGUAUCAUGAAGUUGAUAAGGUCACGGAACGGGAGAAAGUUGUAGUGAUGUCUACGUUACCUGCCACUCGUGAUCUAAGCGCAGAAUUAGGUGGAAAUUCUUUACCACCAGAACAAAGUCGAAAAGUUGGACAGCUAAAGGAUCUUUUGGAACGAACAUUGAUGUUGGAUGCAGGAAAGAGAAUCACUGUGAACCACGCUCUGGCGCAUCCAUUUAUACAAGAAAAGAUCUAGGUCAAUAGAGUGCAAUAUUUUUAUAUUAAUUAAUAACCACUACAAACGAUGAAUAAAAUGUUGGAGUUCACCGUUGAUGCAUUUAUCGACGAUCAUAAAAACAACAUGUUUGUACUCAGCUCGGAACAGUGUAGUGUAUCAAAGGGCGUAAAAAUCUCUUUUUCGUGUCAAUUUUUUUUGCAAUAGAAACAGCUUAGAUUUGGUUUAUUUCUUUUCUUUCUUUAUGCACAGCAGCUAUAAAAUAAUAAAUCCAACAUGAUGAAUACUAAAAGAAGAGGCCUGAUGAAUAUACGUGGUUAAUCGAUAUUCUUCCGUGGAUGAAAAUGAAAACUGGGAGAAGUGACCGCCUCUUUCAGCAUGAACUGGCCAUCGAUACUUAGCAUAAUGGUGGUACAUAGUAUUUUUCUUUUUCUCAAUCUUUCGAAUUUCAAGGCGCGAAUUCCUUUAACAAAUGAUAACUCGUAAUAAAUUAUUAUAUCACAAAUGAAUGAUAAUGCGUUACAUUCGCGACGAAGAAUUCCGUGUUUGCGAAAUUGUAAAACUUUUACGAAUUUGAUCGUAUAGUUCACGAACACAGAACUUUUUUUGUUCUUCUGUGUCGUCGUGCGCAAAUGCACGAACGGCAUCGAAGUCUAGUAACAAGGAAACUUGUACUGACAAGGAAGAUACAAAUUGUAUAGUAAGUAGGUUAUUGAAAUAAAACGACACAUGCUUAUCAGAAUGAGAAACAA